UACAAUUCAGCAAAUCUCACUGUUACAUAUCCUACACCAUUUGUGUAUUAGCCAUGGCUUUAACACUAAACAUAAAUGUCAUUGUUUGCCUGUUUAUGAUAUUAAGCUCUUGGGCUUCACUUGCGAUGUCUCGCACAUUGCAUGAAGCUGCCAUGGACGAGAAACAUGAGCAAUGGAUGGUUCGGCAUGGCCGCACUUACAAGGACCAGGCAGAGAAGGAAAUGCGAUUCAAGAUUUUCAAGCAAAAUCUUGAAUUCAUUCAAAACUUCAACAAGGCGGGCAAUCGGAGUUACAACUUAAGCAUCAAUCAAUUUGCAGACUUAACCGAUGAGGAGUUCCUUGCCUCACGCACUGGGUACAAGCCAAUGCCUGCACAAUCACGAACAUCCUCAACUUCAUUCACCUACCAAAGCCUUACUGAAGUUCCUAGUAGCCUGGACUGGAGAGAAAAUGGAGCCGUAACAGAGGUUAAAGACCAAGGCAAUUGUGGAUGUUGCUGGGCAUUUUCUGCGGUGGCAGCCGUGGAAGGCAUUACCCAGAUCAAAACGGGUACAUUGACCUCACUUUCAGAGCAGCAAUUGCUGGAUUGUUCCACAAAUGGCAAUAACGGCUGCAAUGGUGGACUGAUGGAGAACGCCUUUGAGUAUAUUAUAGACAACAAAGGUCUCACCUCCGAAUCGAAUUACACGUACCAGGAAACAGAAGGAACUUGCGAUACACAAGUGGAACCAGUUGCUCAAAUUCAGAGUUAUGAGAAGGUACCCAGCAAUAAUGAGAAAGCAUUACUACAAGCUGUAGCCAAGCAGCCUGUCUCAGUUGCUAUCGAUGCUUCCGGCAUCAAAUAUUACAGUAGCGGCGUUUUUGAUGGAGAUUGCGGUACUUCCUUAAACCAUGCGGUCACCAUCAUUGGAUACGGAACAGCAGAUGAUGGAACCGAAUACUGGUUGAUCAAGAAUUCAUGGGGCGAGUCCUGGGGGGAGAAUGGUUAUAUGAGGAUUAAGAAAGAUGCUGAUGCGGCGGAAGGUCUUUGUGGCCUUGCAAUGGAUGCUUCCUAUCCAAUUGCAUAAGUUUUUAUAUGGGAGAACAGCCAAGCUUCUUUACUUCGCCAAUAAUUCCUGUUCCUUCCGUGCUUUUGCAGUGUUGCAUCAAUAUAUUGCUGAUGCAUAUAUAUUUUGGUAUUAAAUGUCUUGUUGAAAAUGAAUUAAGUUCACUACUGUACCAUCUCUGGUACUAAGAUUACAUAAUUUUCUAUCCAAGUUCGGACUUCAUUAAUAAACAUGCUCGCAGGAGCCAGAAUCUAAGAGAAAAUUUGAUUAGUUA